AUGUCCAACAAGAAUGAGAAUCAUCAGACGGUUCCGCUCUCGGUGCUGCUGAAGCGAGAAUUGGCCAAUGAGAAGAUUGAGAGACCCGAGAUUGUGCACGGUCAGGCGAGUCAGAGCAAGAAGGGGGAGGAUUUUACGCUGGUAAAGACGGAAUGUCAAAGAGUUGUGGGAGAUGGAGUUUCUACGUAUUCAGUUUUUGGGCUAUUUGAUGGGCAUAAUGGGUCUGCUGCUGCUAUUUACUCAAAGGAGAAUCUUCUAAAUAAUGUUUUAGCUGCUAUGCCUUCAGAUCUUAACAGAGAUGAAUGGGUAGCAGCAUUGCCAAGGGCUUUUGUAGCAGGAUUUGUCAAGACAGACAAAGAGUUUCAAGAGAGAGCUCAAACUUCAGGAACAACUGUCACCUUUGUGAUUAUAGAAGGAUGGGUAAUAUCUGUUGCAUCUGUUGGCGAUUCUCGUUGCAUACUUGAACCUGCUGAAGGUGGAGUUUAUUAUCUAUCAGCAGACCAUAGGCUUGAAAUCAAUGAAGAGGAGCGGUUGCGUAUCACUGCAAGUGGGGGUGAGGUUGGUCGGCUUAACACUGGUGGUGGGGCUGAGAUCGGUCCUUUGAGGUGUUGGCCUGGUGGCUUGUGUCUGUCACGAUCUAUUGGUGAUAUGGAUGUUGGGGAGUUCAUUGUUCCCGUUCCGUACGUAAAGCAAAUGAAGUUGUCUUCAGCAGGUGGUAGACUUAUCAUUUCGAGUGAUGGAGUCUGGGAUGCCUUGUCUGCAGAAACAGCUCUUGACUGUUGUCGUGGGAUGGCACCAGAUGCUGCAGCUGCACAGAUUGUUAAGGAUGCCGUAGGCCACAAGGGACUUCGGGAUGAUACAACAUGCAUUGUGAUUGAUAUUUUACCACAUGAGAAGCCACUCCCGUUGUCGCAACCAAAGAAGCAGGGAAAAGGAGUGUUGUUUAAAUCCAUGUUUCGGAAAAAGCCCUGUGACUCAUCUUCUAAUGUUGAAAAAGAGUAUAUUGAGCCAGACAUGGUGGAGGAAUUAUUUGAGGAAGGUUCUGCUUCGCUUUCUGAGAGGUUAGAUUCAAAAUACCCGCUCUGCAACAUGUUCAAGUUGUUUAUGUGUGCAGUUUGUCAAGUAGAAAUUAAACCGGGAGAGGGUAUUUCGAUACACAGUGGAUCAUCUAACCCAGGAAAAUUGCGACCUUGGGAUGGCCCAUUCCUUUGCUCGAGUUGCCAAGAGAAGAGAGAGGCUAUGGAGGGAAAAAGACCUUCAGGAAGAAGACGUGAUAGCGAUAGUGAUUAG